CGCGGGCCGGAAGCGGCGCGCGCUUCUCUUUGUGGCGGCCGGCGGCGCCAUGGAGGCGGCGGCGGCCGAGCGGCGGCGGGAGCAGCGGCGGCGGCGAGAGGUGGCGGUGAAGGCCGAGAAGCGGAGUCCCCGGCGCUCCGCCUCCCGCUCGGCGCGGGGCAGCCAGUCGCCGCCGGCCCUCCCGGGGCCGCACCAGGGCAGCCGCGGCAGGAGCAGCAGAUCGCCCAAAAGGAAGAGCAAGUCCGGGCGGCGGAGCCGGUCCCCGCGCGGCAGGAGGAGCCGCAGCCCGCACCACACCGCCGUGAAGGUGAAGCAGGAGCGAGAUGAUCAUUGUCGUAGAGGAAACGAGGAGCGAAAGCAGAGAUACCCAUCAGAACAAGAACACAGGAGAGACAGAAGUGGUGACAGAGAUAGACACCGAGACCACUCAGACAGGAGGAAACACCCAAAUGAAAGACCUGGAGUUCGAGGCCACGAGCGAGAGAGGGAUGUUCAGAACAUCCGUGAGCAGCAAGCAGAGAGGGAGUUUUAUAACGAGAGAAGACGAGAGCAUCGACAAAAUAACGAAGGCAGUGGUGUUGACCAGAAUCCAGAACUCGGGCAAUCCGAUAACAAACCUAAAGAAAAAGCUGCUGUAAACAAAGAGAAGCCAAGCUUUGAACUGUCUGGUGCGCUUCUAGAGGAUACCAACACUUUCCGAGGUGUUGUGAUUAAGUACAGCGAGCCCCCCGAAGCUCGGAUUCCAAAGAAGCGAUGGCGCCUCUAUCCUUUCAAAAACGAUGAGUUUCUCCCAGUCAUGUACAUCCACAGGCAGAGUGCUUAUCUUCUGGGCCGGCACCGCAGGAUCGCAGAUAUUCCAAUUGACCAUCCCUCCUGCUCGAAGCAGCAUGCCGUGUUUCAGUACCGGCUUGUGGAGUACACGCGUGCCGAUGGUACCGUUGGCCGCAGAGUAAGGCCCUACAUCAUCGACCUGGGCUCAGGGAAUGGCACUUUCCUCAAUAACCAGCGGAUUGAACCCCAGCGUUAUUACGAACUCAAGGAAAAGGAUGUGCUGAAGUUUGGGUUCAGUAGCAGGGAAUAUGUUCUUCUCCAUGAAUCUUCAGAUAAAUCUGAGGCCAACACAAAGGACGAUGAUGAGGAGGAGGAGAAGGAGGAAGAGUCUGACAGUUAACAGACAAGGAGGAAAUUGGGGGUGGGGGCAGGGGAGAGGAAUUCUUUGCAGUUGAACACGCAUUGGGAUGUAAACAUUGGAGCAUCGCAGCACUGAUGCCUCUUAUUGCCUUAAAGUCCUUUUUCUGUUGCUAGUCUGUUCUCGUAGUUUAUUUUAGGGGACUUCACUGAUUAUUCAUCUUUGGUAGUUCUGCAUAUCAGGAAAUAGAGCUUUUUUUUUUCUUUUUUGCUUUUUUUUUUCUCCCAACAAGCAAAAGAGCACCUGGAUGUGAAAGCUCUGAUGCUGGAAAUACUCAGCAAAUGUUUGAAAGACUGUCCUCUUCUAGGAAAUUAUGUAAAACACAGCUGGCAUAUUUAAAAUUAUUUCUGUUAACUGUUUUGUCAUAGCCCUUUGAAAUGCUAUUUAACUGAAGUAUUAGUUAGAAAGUAACCCGAUGCAUUUUGUAACACGUCUUGUUUGGUAGAGGUUGCCAAAUUCCUUUGCCUGUUAGGAGUUCUAGACAGGAGAAUUUACCAGGCUCGCUACUGAAAAGGUGGAAAUGUUGCAAAGCCCCUCUUGUGUUUGUAGGGUUUGGGUAGUUAGUUUGCCUUGUGAUAACUGUCAGGGAUGGGCAUUUCACUGGAAUACGCUACCAGAGAAUUACAAGGUGAUCUGAAAUAGAAGUUAAAUGCUCCUGGGAUUUUAGGUGACGACACUGCGGUUCGGGGACCGAGGUCCAGCUCAGCGUCUGCCCGGUGCGUGUCCCAGCACACGAUGCUGAAGCUUCCACUGGAUGUCGCGUGUCCGGGUGGAAAGCUGGGACCCUCAUUUCUGAUACCACCCCACGAGUAACUCCUCCCGGGUUUUGUUUGUAUUACGCAUAAAUCUCUUCUAUGCGGUGACCUGUUUUAACCAGAGUUUGCACUAUUUAAGUUUUCUUUUUAUAAAAAGUUAUACAAGUCACUUGUUUGAAAUAGUCUUCUCCCCUGCGAAAGAAAACAAUGCUUUAGGAAGAGACAAACCAAUUCCACUCACUGAAAGUACGUGCAUAUUUUUGGAUGUCUUCUCCCCAUUGCUUUAUGGUAUAAGAAAUGUAUAUUUUCCACACUGUUUACUAAUUUGCCUGGAUGUUUGUUCUGUGGUCACAAGCUUAUUCAUACCUGCUGUGUAUAUACUUUGUGUAUACAAAUGUUGCAUAUUGUAUACACGGGCUAGAACAUUUAUGGUGUAAAUAUGGGGCAUUGAUGUAGGUUUUCAAGCAGUAGGUAGGAUGAGUUUUGACUGGGAGGAUCUCCUUUAUACAUACUCUAGGGGUUUUUAAAUAAAGAAUUUGUAAAUUUAGCCC